AUCUGCCAAUCUGGAGAGUAUGAAUUUUAAAUUGUACUUUACAAUUGCUGUUUCGGAUAAACGUAAAACAUUUCCUUAAUUUGUGGCCCUAUUUUUGAGCCAAAAAAAAGUUCCGUCAUAAAAAUGGAUGCUGCCGAGUAUCAUUUUUGGUUGCAAAUCGAGAAACUAGUGGGACCAGUUCCGGAAAACAUCAAACUGUUGCUGCAGUUUUCCUGCUUCUGCAAUUCGUCCAUUGCCGACCUGGACGAUGAGUUGAUUGAUCAGAUCGAGCAGGAGGCGAGAACCAUUCCGUCGGUUUUGCGCAUCACAGCCAACGAAAAGCUGAUGAAGAAAUACUUUGGUGUCUACUGUCACACUCCGAACGAGUUCCGCUUCCGAUCCGGUGAGCGUCGAAUGAUGAAAAACAUUGCCCUCGCGGUAAGGAAAAAAGGGCUGGACAGUUUUAUUCAAUCGUUACGAACGAUACAGCAUCACACGGAGGCAAGGCCUACAGUUAGUGUACAAUUGCAAAAUUCCGACCCUCAAACGCUGCGACAGAUGCUGCGGGAAAAGGUUUUAAAUGCAGUGACGAAUAAUCACGCAGAAAUUUUCCCCGACUAUCUGAAAAUCAUACAGGAUAAUUUGGACAUUCAAAUUGUGAACGAGCAGGGAGUUCCCGACGCGUAUGUGUUCUGUCCACUGUGCAGCACUAAAGCUAAACUGUCGAAGGAUCGCACGGGAAACAUUAUUGUGUCCAACUACACCCUCCAUGUACGGAAGUACCACGGUUGUGGACCGCUCAGUCAAGGUGUCAAGCGUAAAAUAGAAGACUACGGUCAAGCGGAGUACAUUCCGGAGCACAUGCUGGAUCAGAUCAUAAAGGAAGAGCCGGACACCAGCGGGUAUGAGCAAAGUUCCUCCAAUCAGUACUAUCCUAUUUAGAGAUUUAGAGUGUUCACUCGUAAGGCUGAUAAGUGUUUAUUUUGAGUAUUACUAUUUUUGUAAUCGUAAGUGUGGAAAUUAAGUGAUAAGUGCAAUAAAAUAAAACAAUUUAAAUCGUCAGUG